AUGAAGGUCACCAUAAUCCUCGCGGCUGUUAUCGCUGCCUCGUCAGUCUCCGCCUACCAAUGCCCCGACACUGCUUCUAUCAACUCUUCUUGCCGUCAGAUCACUGUCACCCCAUUGGUGUGCAGCAACCCCAAUGUCAACAAGGAUGUCUGCAAUGCCAAGCAGUGCAACCAAGCGUACAUCGAUAACUACUCUGCCUGCCAGUGCCUUCGCAGUCCCAACAUGUUCUAUGAGCACUCCGUCAACGUCGAGGGUCUUCUUAAACGUUGCGGUCUCUCGACCUUGAGCAACCCCUUCGGUAGCUCCAGCCAGUACAAACCCGGCCAAGGCACCCAAAUCUUUAGUCCCGGUGGCAACGUCCGUGCCACGUCGACUAGCGGCAACGGCUCGUCCCGAUCGGCCGCCCCUAUAGAGAGCCCCACCGAGACCCCCGUCCCCGUCCAGUCGCAAGGACAUGAGUUGUCUGGAGGCGCCAUUGCCGGUAUUGUCAUCGGAUGCUUGGCCGCCUUGGCCCUUGCCGGUCUUUUGGCCUGGUGCUGGAGAAGAAAGCGCAGCGAUCAUACUACUACCUACAACACCCACUCGAACCUCGAGAACCAAAACCGUGGCCCUACCCGCACCGUUAUCUCAGAGAAGGUUGAGCCCGUCGUCGUCAAGUCCGGUACCCACCAGACCUACAACAACAACAACAAUGACCCCGCCAACAACUCUACCUCAUACACCACCAAUACUCAGCCUGUCCCCGCGAACCGAGGGCACGACAGCAACACUCCGACUACUUAUAACACUGGUUCGAGCGCUGUUCACCCUUCGACCUCGUACAACACAACGACUACGACUGGGUACAACACUGCCAACAAUUAG